UCUUCAUUGGAGCUUGAUUAUAAUUUGCGUACCAGAUAAAGAAGACCAACUGGGGCCAGUUUUACUUCACUUGGAUUCAUUAAAGCUCCACUGCAGCAGGACCCUUUUUGCUACCAUAAGAAAGUGGCUAGUAAAGAAAAUCAAUGGUAUCAAAAGGUUCAUUCCAGUAUAUGUCGGCAGGCAUAUGGUUAUAGAAGCGAUUAAACCAUUUUUCAGUGAGCUGUGGAAUAGUUGGUUAGAGAUUUCAUACGAAAUUAGAAUUGUUAUGUGGAAACAGUUUAUGGCAAAGUGUUCAUGGAGUGAUUGUCAUGCUAAUGAAGUAGACCACAUUUUUCAAUUGAAAGCAGCUCUACGGGUCAAAGAACACUUGUAUGAGGCCCGAAAUAAAUUGAUAUAACCUAGUUGGUUGAAUGAUGAAGUGUGGUCUAAGUUUUUGAUAUUAUGGGACACUCCUGAAUAUAAGGCGAAGAGGGAACGGGGAAAGGCAAAUCGAGCCUCUGAAAUGGGUGGCUCGCUGCACACCGGAGGUUCGAUGAGUUUCGCUACCCACCAAAGAAGACUGAUACUAUUCUUGUCCAACCUUUUUAUCCAUUUUCUCCUUUAUUUCAUUACAGCAGAAAAGUAUUUGUUUAUGAGUCUCCCGUUUAAUCCAUAAGGCUCUGGACUUCUGUUAAACUAUGCCCUCUUCAGUGCGACUUUCUUAAUAUCCUAUUAAGUGUGUAACUAUAAAGUCUGAAUUUUGAUAUUUGAUAAUGCAUAGUACUUAUUAGUCGA